AUGAUUGUCACAGACUUGUCGGUUCCCCUUUUGCUUGAAGAGGUGGACAAUUUUGGCGUCCUUGAAAUCCUGUGGAACUUUUCCUUGUCGUCACAUCUCCUGGAACAGGGUGGUGAGGUGAGAUGUGAUUUGGCGGCCACCAUAUUUAUAGAUCUCCGCUGGGAUCCCGUCGGACCCGGGUACCCUCCAGCCGGAGAGUUGCUGCACAGCCUUGAUGGUUUCCUCAGGGGUGGGUGGGAGGUCGAGGUUAGCAUUGGCUUCAACCUGCGGCAGCCGGUCAAUGGCAGCCUUAGGGGUGGUAGAGGGCCGGUUGAGUAA